AUGUCAAGUACUGAAAUGAUAGAGAAACCUGACGAUUCUUACACGGCAGCCGAGUAUGUUCAACCGCCUCCUCCAGAAACUACAGACGCAUAUCUUAUAAAUACGCGUAGCCAGCUCCAGCUAGAGGCAGAUGCGCGAGAAGCAUUACCCUAUAAAUUCGAUCAAUGUACGAAGCCUCUCGGAAAGCUUCGACAAAGCUUAUUCUCGUGUCUUACUUGUAAUCCUGCCCCAGACGACCCGAAUGAAAAAUACAACGCAGCAAGCGUCUGCUAUUCCUGUUCAAUUCAAUGUCAUGGAGAGCAUACGCUUGUUGAGCUUUUUGUUAAGAGAGAAUUUGAGUGCGAUUGUGGGACAACGCGCUUUCCUAUUACAUCGCCAUGUACGCUGCGGAUCGAUCCAGUGACUAAUAAGAGAGGAAGUGUGCACUCUGAGAAACCGUCAGCCACCAACAAGUACAAUCAAAACUUCAGAAACCGAUUUUGCGGAUGCAAAUGUCUCUAUGAUGCAGAAGAAGAGAAAGGGACUAUGUAUCAGUGUCUAGGGCUCGGCACAGCUGAGACGGGCGGAUGCGGCGAAGACUGGUGGCAUCCAGAGUGCAUUCUCGGACUUGAUCGUGAAAGUUACGAGGAUCAAAAUGAAACACGUACAUCUACCCCCUUGAAAGAUCCAAAAGGCAUCGAGACUACCACCGAAGCUCCGAUAAACAGGGGGGAAGAGAGCUGUGAAGAAGGCAGAUUUACCGCACCCCUGAUGACAGAAUUGAACGAUUGCAGUGAAGGCGAAGGACUAACCCCACCUGGUUUCCCGAACGAAGACGAUUUUGAGGGCUUCAUUUGUUACAAGUGUGUUGAUGCGUAUCCGUGGAUAAAGAGAUAUGCGGGUACGCCUGGAUUUUUGCCUGCGAUUUACCGAAAAAAAGCUGCUACCGCUCAUGAGACCGACGAAACAGAAUCAACUUCACAAACUGGGAAGAAGAGAAAAGUAGAAGGAGACAACGGUGAACCCGCUGAGAUUUAUAAGCGGAAUAAAAAAGAAACAAUUAUUGAUAAUAUAGAGCUUAAUAGAACUUCUAAUGAUAACGCUUCUACGGAGCCCCAAGAUAUACAGACCUCUUCAUGUAGGAUUGAGGCUUAUCCAGUCGCAGAUAAAGAGCAAUUCUCCCUCUUUUUCAAAGAGGAUUUUCGCUCAUAUCUCUGCCACUGCAAUUCCUGCUUCCCUAAGCUACAAGUCCACCCUCAACUUCUACAAGCCGAAGAAGUUUAUGAGCCUUCGGUUGCUUCGAGUCACUGCGAUUUAGCCGGCAGCACGGCAGGAAGCGGUAGUAUUUACGAUCGUGGUGAGAGCGCGCUUCAGAAUAUCGAUCGUGUCCAGGCUAUAGAAGGUGUCAUGGCAUACAAAAAACUCAAAGACAAGCUUAAGCCUUUCUUUCAACAGUUUGCACAGAGUGGUGAAGCCAUCUCAGCUGAAGAUAUCAAGGCUUAUUUCGCAAAGAUUCGUGGUGAUGAACUGCCAGUACAGGAGGCGGGUGAAGCCACUGAAAUUGGGAAUCAGAAGCACGAGCAGCAUGGCUAUUGA